AUCACAGUGGGUUCUGGGACUCCAAAUCAGGUCGUCAGAAUUGGCAACAAGCGCCUACACCUGCUGAGACAUCUCACUGGCCCCUGUAUUACAGGCACGUGCCAUCGCACCAGCAUUUAUACAGGGCUGGAGAUGGAACUCCAGGUUUGGUGGAGGCACUUUAGCACCUGUGCUACAACCCUAGCUUUUAUCAACACCAUACCUUUUUGUUAUCAUGUUAUUGUUCUUGAGUGAGCAUAGGGAGUGUGUUGCAGCAAAUAUGGAGAGGUGAGAGACCGUUUUUGGACUGGAGAUGCUCCACAAACUAUGAUACUCCCUACACCACAUAUUAAAAUUAGUUUACUACUUUUUCCAAAGGACUGGAGUUGCUCCCAGUACUCAUAUCGGGUGGUUCACAGCUAAACUGCGUAAUGCCAGCUCCACGGUGCUCUUUUCUAGCUCUGAGGGUACCUAAACAAAUGCACUCACACUAGCACAAAGACACAUGCAUACACACAAUUAAAACUAAAUCCUUAAAAUUAUUUUACUACAGAUUAUUGUGUUAUGGUUCAAUUGCCCUACUCAACAUCUGAAUCAUUUUGCCACACUUCAGGGCAAUUGGCCAUUUGAAUUAUUAUUUACAACCAUUCCCCCCUCCACCGGGAUGUAUGCGUUGGUGCAAGCUUUUAAUCCCAGCUUUUCAGGGGGAGAGAGAGGCAGGAGAAUCUGAGUUCGAGGUCAGCCAGGGCUACACAGUGAGACCCUGUUUCAAAAAAAACAACAUAUAAAGAAGGAAACAAAAGGUGUUACCAGUUCGUGACCAACCGUACCUUUUAAAUGGGAUUGCAUGAAAAAUCCCAUGUGAUUUCGACUUUAGCAUCUGUACGUUUUUUUUUUCCUAAUUCAUUGCAGCAUUGUAAUACUAUAAAAACCCAGUUUUUGCUGGCCCAAGGUUAGAACGGCGAAGAAGCCACGCAAGCUCUCUCCCGGUCCCUCAAACUGGCGCAGUUGCUGGCUGGAGUUGCCGACCUGGAUCCGCGUUGAUGACGCGGUUGGCUCCGCCAUGGAACCAGAGUGAGGGGCCCAGUACGGGAUUCAUGCCCUAGGCAGUCUCGGAUUGAUAACCAGGCCGUGCUCCUCGGCUUCCACACCCGAGUUGCCCAGACGAGCCCGCCGUCCUCUCCAGGGCCCCAGAGCCGCCGGACCCCUCGGUGCUCGGACCCCAGGGCACCACGGCUAUGUUUCCGGGAGCAGUUUUGGACAGGGCACCAACCGGAACUGCCCGUGUUGUGGCGGAAGGAGGAGCUUGCUUGGAGCAGCUGGUGCCGAGAGAAGCGGGACUGGCAAAGAUGAUUCAGGCGAUUCUGGUUUUCAACAACCAUGGGAAGCCGCGACUGGUCCGCUUCUACCAGCGUUUUCCAGAAGAAAUUCAGCAGCAGAUUGUUCGAGAGACUUUCCAUCUGGUCCUCAAGCGGGAUGACAACAUCUGUAACUUCUUAGAAGGUGGAAGUCUGAUUGGUGGUGCUGACUACAAACUGAUUUACCGGCACUAUGCCACCCUCUACUUCGUAUUUUGUGUGGAUUCCUCAGAGAGUGAACUUGGGAUCUUGGACCUUAUCCAGGUUUUUGUGGAGACUCUGGAUAAGUGUUUUGAAAAUGUAUGUGAGUUGGAUUUGAUCUUCCAUAUGGAUAAGGUCCACUACAUCCUUCAGGAGGUGGUGAUGGGUGGGAUGGUGCUGGAAACAAACAUGAAUGAAAUUGUGGCUCAAAUUGAAGCUCAGAACAGGCUGGAGAAGUCGGAGGGUGGCCUUUCAGCAGCCCCCGCAAGGGCCGUGUCUGCUGUGAAGAACAUCAACCUUCCUGAGAUCCCGAGGAACAUCAACAUUGGCGAUCUCAACAUCAAAGUUCCCAACCUGUCCCAGUUUGUGUGAAGGUGGAGGACUGGGCUGGACUGGGGUCCUUUCAAUGAGCGAAGCAGUCACAUCCAGAACCAGAACCCUGCUGAGCCUUUAGAGACUUGGGACCCUAAGCCUUUCCCAGAGUGGGAAGGGAGCUGGUGCACACUGCCUGGCCAUCCUGCUGCUCUCUGAUACACAUGGCCGUGGAGACAUCAGUGCACUAAGCCACUGCUCCUUUGCCUCCCGUACAAGCCCUCAGGGUUGGGGACUGUGGAACAAGCCACCUGCUUCCCAGGGCCUGACUUCCUCCCUUACACCUAGGACUGCUGAGAUCCUGGGCAAGAGACCAGGGAGAAGGAAGGACCAGCCUUUCAGAUGUCAGGUGUGGUGAGUGGUAGGUGGUGCAGGGUGCUCUGGCUCCGCUAGGGCCUCUGAUCCUAGGAUCCCUCUGUGUAGCCAAGCCUUUGGUCAGCAGUUGCUGCGGAGUACACCUCCCCAAAGGCACAGUCCCAGUUUUCUUGUCACCGGCCUCUGUGUGCUGGGACAAUUUAAAUCAUACUUUGGGUGCAUGUCACUACUCCUGCCAAUAGGGAGGGUACUCCUACACACACACACACACAGCCCUCUCUCAGAUGAGAGACUGCUGUCUGUAGAAUGUGAAGGUUGGAUCCUCCCAGAGUUAUGACUCGUCCCAAGUUUGAAAUACGCUGUCUUCCUGGAAGCAGAAGGUUCAGUGACUGUGUUGUGAAUGAUGAACCAUUUCCCCUUGCUCAGAAGCCCGCUGUGCAGUCUCAGCUUCUAGAGCUGAGAGCCUGAACUAGGUGCUGUGUGGGCUGAGCCUGCAGCAUGCUAGCCACACUGCUGUGUAUUUCCACUCUGCGUCCUGCAGUGAGCACACUGGACUCCUUUGGGCAACAUUCUCCCACACCUCUGGAAACCUGUAAAUGUUGUUAACACGU